AGCAAAAUGGUGCACAUAAACAUCGAUAAUCUAAAACGUACCGAUCGCUCAUUAACUUGGCUUCCGGAACCAACGUGUGAUAGGUGUUCGCUUCCAUUCACCAACCAUGCGGAUGAGCUGUACAAUAGGGUACCGUUGCUGUUGUCCUGCAAGCACCUCCUGUGCGGUAUGUGUGUGCGUGAACAUGCCCAGAGCGAUAGCAUCGUGUGUGAGCGCUGCAACAAGCGUGUCCCAUUUCCGGAUGACUGUGACAAUGCGGCAGAUGCAUUGCAUCCAAGCUACUACAUGCUGGGCAUGAUGUUUCAGAUGCAGCAAGAUUUGAAAUAUCUCGAGCUGUUCUAUGGGGACGAUGGUAAGAAAACAAAGCCGGCAAAGGAUACAGCGGCAUUGGAUGAAACGGUCCAGACCUUGUCCAUAGAAUCCCUUUCCACACGCGAUAUGAGCACUACGAAAAAGAUGCGAAGUCUGCUGGAAGAAGCGUUUGAUUCGUACGAAAAAACAAGCCAUGCGCUUCACAAGCGUGCCAAAUCGUAUUCUGAAAACGUUGACCACGUAGUGCAGCAACUGAAUGCACAUUUUCUCGCCCUUCACAACGCACUACAGAUGGAGCAGGAUCGCGCACUGCAACUGGUACGCAAAACAUAUCUCGAGCAACAGCAGCGCAUCGAGCAGCAGCAACAACACUUAACAGCUUCCAAAAAACGGUUAAAGGAAUUGCAUACGCGCCUAAAGACCUUUCUCGGCAAAUCGCGCUGUCAGGAUGAUCGUACGUGGAUGCAGUUCAGCGAAGAGGUUAAACUGUUUCUUGUGAGGGAACCGUUGAAACUGUCAACAGCGGGCGGUGGUAGCAGUGAUGUCCAGUUGGUGAAAUUUUAUGCACAGAAUGAUAAGUUUUUCGAAACCCUCGGUGCCAGCUACAAAUUGAAGGUUACGAAUCUGAAUAAGAUGGAGCAGCUUGUACCAUUUGCCGCCAGCAAGAAGCACGUGGUAGUAGAUCCAGCUGUCACUGUAAGUGAUACAAAUUUACCGACGUAUUCUGCAUGGCAAAAAUCGGACCGUUACAAGCAACAGGAACAUGCCGUUAAAAAAACGGCCGUCAGUGCAUUGGAACAACCCGAUCGGCUGGACGUAUCGGCACAUCCUACCUGGGAACGGAAACUGUCGGUCCGUAACAGACAUCAUGAGCCUGUUGCUAGGUCGAUCCUUUUCAAUGAACAAGGUAUUCCAACACGAGGGACCAAACAUGCUGAAGAAAGUGUUCGCCACUGCACGGAUAAUCUGAAAGACAGGGCACACGGCAAGAAACGUUUCAAGACUAGCACAAAACCACACGAGCGGCGCGUACUUACAGAAUCUGAAAUAGACACCUUGAAACGGUGCUUUUCGAUGGUUACGAUUACCUGCGUAGUAGGUCCAAACGAAAUAUACGUCCGGGACGAAUUGUGCGACGAUGGGGUGAAGAAAAUCACCGAGCUGUGCAGGGAGGAGGCGGAAGAUUAUGAUUCGAAGCUGUUAUCUGGACCGCGUCGCCUUAACAUUGAGCUUGGUGCCGUUUACCUCGUGCAGCCGGAAAAUACGACCUUUUGGUACAGAGCGGUGGUACUGGAGUUACUGCACACAAAGUCGGAACAGCGCGGACCGUACAGGGUGCGGUAUUUGGAUUAUGGAGACAAAGAUAUCGUUGGGCACGAUCAAAUGCGACCUAUAUCGGAAGAACUGUGCGAUAUCGCAUCCCAAGCGAUGCGAUGCGCUCUGCACAAUAUCGUCCCGCUGGGAUGCACUGCAAUGUACUGUCCGGAGGAAUGUUAUCAGCUAAUGAUGGACUUCAUUGGAAAUCGUAAAAUGCUGAUGUACGAACUGGAUGUUACAGCUGACGGGCGGGUGGUUGACAUAUUUUUACCGCCAAUUAAUGAGAAUAGUCUGAAGCCGGCAAGCGAUACGCGGAUAAACGUGAUGCGUUGGGAAGGUUACUAUCCGCCCAUGUCGAUGCGUUCGAUGUUGAUCAAUUUGCAGCAGUGUGACCAGAAGGUAUCUACCGUGCGCGAAUCGCAAAUCACUGACCGUCUCGUGCUGCUGAAGUGGUGGUUGAAUCAAGCAACUGCCCAGGCGCAGAAGCGAUGUACCAUCCCGCGGGCGCCAGUGUUGGCGGAGUUUGAGUUUUUUGACGUUCGUAUCACGCAUUCACAGUCACCCGAUCACUUCUAUGUUAUGCCGCUGGAAUGGAAGAAGAACAUCUUCGACCAGCUGCAGGAAGAGCUGAACGUGAUGUGCCAGGUGGCGAAUGCGUACAAAGUAUUCUGUCCGCACGAAGGGAUCGUAUGUGGUUUCGCGCUCGACACCGCCGAUCGUGAGCGGGUUUGGUUGCGUGGCCGCAUUGAGAAGAUCGAACCGGGAUGCUGCUGGAUGUAUGCGCUCGAUACGGGCGAAAGCAUGCAGGUUAGCAGUAACGAUUUGUAUCUGUUUCCACCAGGAAGCACCCCCCUGUCCGUGCAUCCGCUCGCCGUGUGCUGCGGUUUGGAGCACAUUCGUCCGAAGAGUGCCACGUCCGCCUGGGAUGAGGAUGCCAUCGGCGAGUUUAAUAUGCUGAUGAAAAGCAAAACGCUUCGGUUCGCCGUCACCGUUGGUGCACUGUGGAACGAAACGAAGGUGUACAGUGUGUUGCUGUAUCUGCGCAACAAAUCCGACGUUGAUACGUGCGUCAAUAAGCUGCUCGUGGCACAGGGUCACGCCGAAUGCAUUGCAGGAAGGGAGGCACAAGUGAGCGAUCUCGUACACAAGCCGGACAUCAGGAAGAUGAGUGAUAAAGGUACGCCAGCAGCAGCAGCAGCAGCAGCAGCAACAGCAGGAGCAGCUCCAGCAACGCCAGAGUCCCCCUGCAAGGUAAUCGAUCCGCGUGUCCCGGUCGAUUUGUUGAGAGUGAUUUCGCCCUCCGAAAUCUACGUACGGUUGAGCUCGCGUAAGGCCGAUCUGGAUGGACUGCACCAGGCGAUACAGCAGCACAUUGACGAAGCGCUGGAUGGUGACGACAGCACAGACGACCGCUCGAACAAGAGCGGCUGGACGACCGGUGAUAUGUGCCUCGUGUUUACCUCACCAUCCAAAUCCAAAGCUACCGAAUGGUAUCGUGCACGGAUUACGGAAGUACAAGAAGAAGGUGAGCUGUACGAAGCGUUUCUAAUCGAUCUCGCCCUAACGGUGCAGGUGCAUCAUGCCAAUAUGGCACGCAUGGUGCCCCGCAUCGUGCAACUACAGCCCGGGGCCGUCCGUUGCCAAUUGGCGUGCAUUGAACCGCUUAGGGGGACCAGUGAUUGGCAGAAGGUGACAGUAGAUGGCUUAAACAGCAUAAUCGAUUCGUUCGAUAAGCACGCGAUCUCGUUGGAUGCGAAACGGCCAAAGAAUGAAGAUAGUGCGGCACCCAACCCGAAAGAAUCGUUGUCCGUAGUGCUGUGGGGUGUGCGUGUGCUGGAACGGCAAGCGCUCGCACCGCAGAAAACGGAAUACCGCAACAUCAACCAGCUGCUCGUCGUCCGAGGGCUGGCACAUUCGUCCGGGCGCUUUCGUACGUUUGCCACGAAAGGUGAGGGGGCGCUGGAAGAACUGCAGUCGGUGGAAGAAGCGAUCGAGACGAUGAUGCGCUGCGAGUACGAGAAGUUGCAGCAAUUUUUUCGCGAAAUCGCCGCCGUCUCUGCCGAAGCGGAAGCAUUCGGUGCACGGGAGGACGACAGCGAAACGGCGCAAGGUGCACUGAAUGGCGAGGGCAGGCUAGCGCGGGUGGAAAUUGACAGUGCGUGCGCCAUCAUGCUUUCGCUGGUUGAUGACGCGGUGGAACCGAUCACGGACUGGCCGAGGGGUGAUCAGAUCGAGAAGACCGUUUUCGUCGGUAUGCCGACGCACAUCGGUAACGAUGGAACCGUGUUCCUGUACGACAUGUGCCAGGAACCAGUGCUGCACCGUAUACGUGAAACGAUCAGUGCUUUCAUAGAAAAGCGUGCCCUGUCUUCGCCGGUAACUCCUCCUGCCUUCAAGCCGGGAGAACCGUGCCUUGCCAAAUAUCAUCUCGAUGGGAUGUUUUACCGUGGUACGGUCGCAGCUGUCAUAAAACGCAAUAAGUAUCGCGUGCUGUUUAUCGACUACGGUAAUGAGGAAAUCUGCCGUGGUGAAGAUUUGCGCAAGGAUAUCGUUUGCGGGCGGGUGCCGGUCCAGACGAAUCGAUUUCGGUUGAGUGAAAUUGCGCCGAAGCAACUGUGCAAGGAGACGGGCGUGUGGCCGGAAGAUGCAAUCAUGAAGUGUCAUGGACUGAUCGUACAGCAACUAUGCCAGGUACACGUCAACACGUUCAUCUGGUCGCUGAAAUACAACGAGGAGUCGAAAAUUCGUCAUCCCAUUCCGUGCCAACUGUUUCGGCUCAACGAUUCCGUCAAUGUGGUAGAUGCGCUGUUGGGAUUGGGGAGUUUUAAGCGCAUCGUGGAAAAGGUGGAACAAACGGUAGACGAGCCCAGCUCCCCGGAUGGGCGUGCAUCGAAACGGUACCGGAAAAUCGAAUAUCCCAUGACGGAUGCUGGCUCGGAUCGAAGCUAUUCGCCACCGUCCUACACACCGGAGCAACGGGAUCUAUUGCAAUUCUUGGAAGAGAUGGACUCGAGCUACGAGCAAAACAGCACCAACAAAGAUUUCGAAGAUCCGAACGAGCUGCCGGACGAAGACGAUGACGAAAGUAGCGGUCUAGACCGUGCCCAUCGACUCUACCUCGAUACCGCUGACCAUUUCGAUAGAUCGAACGACAGUUCUAGCAGUAAGAAUUCAUUGACGUCGCUUCAUUCCUUCACACCGUAUGACCUCGAUUCGUCCACCCAGAUGUCGCCACUCGAGCCGGAUGACUCGCCGAACUCGUUCGUAUCACCGAUCGGCCCGAACCGAACGAGCGGAUUUUGGGCCAACUUUGCCAGCUACGGCUCGAACCUUACGCUGCACAUCUUCCCGCAGGUUGAGGGACAUUCGCUCCGUUCGGCCAGCCUGGAUGUGAAGGUGCAGCGCGUCGCCAACUCGCAGUCCGGGAUGCUGCAGUGGCAGGCGAGCCUGGCCGAGGUGGGACAACCGUGCCUCGCACUGUACGCGAACGAUCGUCGCUACUAUCGCGCGGUCGUCGAAAAGGUGCACGAAGAGCAUGGCGAGGUGACCGUCCUGUACGUAGACCACCUCAACCGGGGCACCGUUGCGAUUGCGGAUUUGCGCAAGUGUUCGAAGGAGUUGCGCACCAUUCCGCUGCGCAAUGCCGAGGUGCGGCUGAGCGGUGUCCGCCGUAAUCCGCGUAUGCGGGACGAGGAUGUCGGCAGACGGCUGAAGGAAGUGUUGGCGCAAUCGUUCUUCGUGCGGAUUGUCCCGUCCACGUACCCACCGCAACCGGGUGAAACGUUCGUGCCGGAGGUACAACUGUUCAGUGACUAUGAACGGGGCGUCUUUGCGUACCAACGAAUGCUCGACGAGAAGUUCCUAUAUCCUACCAUUCCGUAGUGCUUUCCACUACUUUUUUGUUUCGAUCUUUGACUUUGUUAGAAGAAAAAAAACUUUCAUUACAUACCUUUUUUUUACUUUUCAUCGAACCAUUUAAUUUCUCCAUAUCGUUAUCCACGUUUUGUUGACAAUUUUGCGUUUAAACAUUUUUAUUGAGUUAUGUUUUUUGAAAUAGUUUAGCUAAAAGUUAUAACCGGAAGUACAAGAAAUCGGCGAGGAUGGAAUAUUGUGAGGAUGAUAUUCAUUAUUGAACUAUUUGGAAUUAUUAUGUGAAAAAAAUAAUACUGCUUACGAAAGCGAUGUUAUAAACGGGUACCAAAUUGUUUUGUGAUUUAUUACUAAACCAUAGAGGAAAACAUAUUUCGUCACUGCGCGUCAGGCUGAAUUACAAGUAGCGAAGCUACAAACGAACGCGUGCACGAUAUAGAUAUACGAAUAAUCCAUUUACAAAUGUGAAAUAAAGUGCUAAUAAAGGAAGCAUUAAAUGCAUCCGUUUCAUUAUUGCCAGCUACGAUAAUAAAUGGCACGCACUAAUCGGACUUCGCGAGAGAACCGACUAUCCUUGGGAUAAGCUUUACCGCGACCCUGAUAAGAAAAUGACUGUAUAGAAAACAGCCGCCACCACGCGUUAUCUCGGUAAAAUCCAUUUCCGUAUUGGGGGCCAAACACUGCGAAAUCAUCAUUUGCGGUUAUUUUUCUCCUUUUUCACGAGCGGAAGUAACAUUUAAUGUUUUUUUUUUAUCUCGUAACCGAUACGCGACAAGUGGCUGUGAACAGUAGUAUCGCUGAACGGACGCGAGAGUUUUAAAAUGGCAAA